AUGAUAGAUAAGAUAGAUAGGGCAAACUGUUUAGUGCUUGAACGAUUUGCGGGAAAGGAGAAAGUGGAUGCAGAACAUUUUGCGAAAUAUCUCAAGGAGGAACAUUACGAUCCAAGGCUCAAUGAACUCCUCUACCCCUCUCCCACUUCACAAAUUGCUCAAUAUUUAAUCAACGAAAUGGGCAGCAAUGGAAAGCAGCUGACAAAAGAAUCAUUCCUGAGAUUUCUGUUAAGUGAGUACAACAUCAGUAUGCACCGAGACCAUCUGAUGCUAAAAGAAGAAAAUAUGCAUAAGCCUCUUUCGCAUUAUUUCAUCAACAGCUCGCAUAACACAUAUCUAAGAGGUUACCAGAUAAAUUCCAAAAGUUCUGUGGAAAUGUAUCGUUAUGUGUUAUUAUCCGGAUGUCGUUCCAUUGAACUUGACUGUUGGGACGGAUCAGGCAGUGAACCAGUUAUCACGCACGGACCUUCGCAGCUCACAAGAAACGAAUUUCAGGAUGUUAUUAUAGCGAUUGCGGAGACAGCAUUCGUUGUUUCUGAAUUUCCCGUUAUUUUAUCGUUAGAAAAUCAUUGUUCCGUGAAGCAGCAGAAAAAAAUAGCAUUAUAUUGUCGAGAAAUUUUCGGAAAUUUUUUACUCACCGAACCGUUGAACAAUUAUCCGAUCAAGCAGGGUGUGAGCUUGCCGUCUCCAAAUGUGCUCAGGAAAAAAAUUCUGAUUAAGAAUAAAAAAAUCAAUGAUGCAGAAGCGGCGGAUUUUUUUAGCAGAUCACUUACGUCAACAUCACAAAGUGUCAUGGGAAGUGAUCGCAGUGAAAGUGAAAGCAGUGAGAAAGACGACAUUGUGGACCAAAAUGGGACGAAUAUGCAGGAACAGUCAGAAAACUCAGUUGUUGCUCGUGAACUAUCGGAUCUCGUGAAUUAUAUGCGCGCAAUGGGCAAGUUCACAUCGUUUACAGAUUGCGAAAGUAAACAGAUGAGUUAUGGAAUAUUUUCGAUGAACGAAUCUCGUGCUUAUGAACUGGUGAAAGAGAAUCCAAUCGAAUUCGUGAAUCACAACAAGAAACAAAUUACCCGUGUUUAUCCAAAGGGCAAACGUGUUGAUUCGAGCAAUUUUUGGCCUAUUAAAUUUUGGAAUUGCGGUUGCCAAAUGACAGCUGUAAAUAUGCAAACACCUGAUAUACCUUUCCAAAUGAAUGUUGCAUUUUUCGAGCAGAAUGGCCGUUCCGGAUACGUCCCCAAACCAAGUUUGAUGCGUAAAGCUGACGCGAAAUUUAAUCCAUUCGAAAUGCAUACAAUGGAUCUCGUUGUGCCUGCCUACCUUUCUGUUACCGUGAUUUCUGCUCAGAUGCUGUCAUUUGCAUGCGAAAGGCGUCCCUCAACAUAUGCAGAAGUGAAUUUUUAUGGACAUUUUAACGAUUUGUCAAGAUUUUCCAAACGAAAAUACCGCACGAAAAUUGUCAUGGAUAACGGAAUUAACCCCAUUUAUAUGAACUUUUGUGAGGAAGGUUUUAAAUUCGAGAAGAUAAUAUUUCCGGAGAUGGCAUUAAUUCGUUUGGCAGUGUACGAAGACAAUGGUCGCCUUAUUGGGCAUUGCUUUUUACAUGUUCGUUCAAUUCAGCCAGGAUUCCGGCACAUUCCACUUCGAAAUGCUUACAGCCAUCCAUUGGGUCCUGUAUCACUUUUUGUUUUAUUCCUUGUCCAUGAUUAUAUCGAUGAUGGAAGCAAUCCAAUCGAGGCCAUGAAAAAGAUAAUGGAAAGUGAAGAAGCAGCUUCUGCGGCAUUGGUAAAUCCCAUAGAUACCAUGAAACAACGUGAGAAAAUGCUUGUGGCGUUAAAGGAAAGCGAACCGACGAAAUUGCUAUCUACAGAAUCAACAUUUUGGGAUAUGGUACAAGAAGGCAAGGGAUUCAGUAAUAUAGAUCAUGGCCAAAAUUUUGAAAAUAAUGCAGAUUUAUUAUUGAAAACGAGAUCCACAAAUUGGGAGAGUGAGCAAACAAAGGAAGAAAGCAUAUGUGAGGACGGAAUAAAGUCACUUAAUUUCGACAGAUGGAAUAUGUCCGAAAAAUUGAAGGAGCGCUUUUAUUUGGAUGAUAUGGAAAUCAUAUUUUUAAGAGAAGAUGAAUUAGCUAGCAGUCAAAAAGUUGUAAAGUUGGAGAAGCAUUUCAAGAAGAAACAUGAAGCCAUCCUGCAUCUGCUUAGUGCUUCCUCCAAGCAAAAAUCAGUAUCUUCCGCCGUGAGGAAUGUUCAUGAGGAUACUUUUGCUAUUUAUGCUAAAUAUGAGAAAGAGAGAACUGAACUUAUCAUAUCACUGGCUGAACAGAAUAGGAAGAAACUCAUUAAACGGCUCGAUAUGGCUUAUAAAUGUGAGUCAAAACAGCUGGCCAGAUUAAAUCACCAAAAACGCUACGUCGAGCAGUGCAGUAUGGUUCGAACGGAGGGAACAGAAGAAUUGCGAGGAAAAUAUGUGAAACUUGGCGUAGAAGAACAAAGGAGGCUAAAUAAAUCAAAAGAAAGAAGGUCGAAAGAAAUCGACGACAAUUUUGAGUUGCUAAAACGUGAAAUUAGAUUACGAAUGGAGCAGCGACUGAGAAAAGCAGUCUGUGUGCUCCGUGGCCUGUAGCCAUGGAUUGAUGUUUCCAUUGCAUAUAUUUUGCUCACUGAUACCUAUUGUUGUUUUUGAUUGUUAUUUACAUGAAUGAACUACCGAGAAGGGUAUUUCACCUGAGAACAAUCUCACUUUGAGAAUUAUUUGCCAGUUGAUUAACGUGAUGAAGUGGGACGGAAGAUACUAUAGUGUUGAAUAAGUUGGC